UGUUUAGCUGAUCUGAUCCCGCAAUGUGUGGAUUUCCGUCGUUCCAAAGGUCUGCUUCAGGUUGCACCUCACGAGCACGCCUGCGAAACACCGGACAUGUUGCGACGGAAAUGUUCAAAAUCUAACAAUAAGUCAUUCAGUUCUGCUUCAGAGGAACUGACAAGAAUAGUCGAGUUUGUAGAGCUUCAGUACGACGACGAGGAUGGGGAAAAAGUAGGGGGGGUGGAUAGAAAGAAGACCCCGCAGGAGACAGCCCCUUGGACUAGAGACACGGGUAUUGAGGGUGAGCGCGAUGGCCCAGGAAAACCGACCAGUCCUACUCGGAAAACUUCCAGAGAAGUUCACAUCGCCUUCCUACCAGACAGAUACAAACCUCUUCUUGAGGAGCAGAGCAGUGAAGGAAUAGAGGAGAGGAUAGAGGGGAAGAAGAAGAGGACAAAAGAGAAACACAAGAAGUAUAGAAAGAAUGUGGGGAAGGCUCUGCGCUUCGGCUGGAAAUGUCUGGUUGCCGGGUUACAGAGCUUGGCGAGUGGAUACGCUACGCCCCUUUCGGCUACAGCUACACUGGUGACCAACGUCCACAGAACUAACCGCUAGAAGUGAUGGGAGCAGGACUGGACUAACAAACACACAGUUUCAACUGUACUGUUCUUUGCCUUUAGGCCAGCACCAUAUAUGACUAGUGGUUUCCAGGAUGAAAUCGGGCUGUUAUGUAAUGUUAACCUCGCUUGUUUAGCUUUACUCUGAUGACAUGAUCACAUUUUGAAAUGCUUGAAAAUGUGUUUGUAAUGAAUGCUUUUAUUUGAUGUUUAGGCUAGGCUACUAAUUUUUUAUUUUUUUUUGUUUAUUGGAAUUUCAACCGAGAAGUUAAUUGAGACAAAGAAGAACUAAGGAACAACUGUAGAUAGAUAGCAAGAGCGAGACUGAAAUGGCCAUCGAAUUAAAGUUAUAAAAUAAUAAUAAUAUUUGUUUACUAAUACUGAUGUGAUAAUAUGCCUUUAUUUUGUAGUACUAAUAAGCAUAAACAUUGUGGCGUUAAUAGGCCUUUAUUCUGUGACAGUAGUAGGCCUUAAAACUAUAGUAUUUAUAUAGUAGCCUUAAGUAUCGACCUUAAUACCAUAGUAAGAAUAGGCUUUAUUUCUGUGUGCCUUAAUACUUUAGUAAAAAUAGGCUAUGCCUAUAUAUUGUAGUAAUAUGCUAAAAUAAACCUAAAUACUGUGGUAAUAUGGGCUUCGUCAUUCACAAACAGGUCUAGUUUGAUACAAAACUACAUUCCUUAAACAAAUGAAUAUUUGCUUAAAACAAUGAGGACGCCUAAAACAAGUGAGGAAUGGAGUUGAAAGGUGGGAGUCUAUACGUUUCCAAACGUAUUCACAGUCAUAUGGAUAGAAAUGCCUCAUCUGAAGCAUGACUAAUCAAAAAAUAUUGUCCUUCAUUAGCGCAGGCAUCCCAAUUGCUUGUCUUUGCAGUAAAGGUUCACACAAGUCUGAAUCCCAUACCUACACUUUACAUUAGAGAAAAAUGAACUCAUGUCACAUUAUGAACUAGUUACAGCAGAGGUAUUCACAUUUUACUAGCGGCGACAGGUAGUUUUAAUUAGGCGACAGGAAGUUUUAAUUAGGGGGGCAAAACGGAGGCUAGGUCCAGGCAGGGUUGCUGAUCACCGGGGACGAGCCGAAAACUUGCAUACUGCCUUGCUUGUGUACAUUACGAAAUGGAGAAUAAAAAUGCACUUGGUAGAAAAAACGUAAAAAAUAAUAAUCUUACUACUUUCCAUGGCGUUUGAAUUUACAACGGCUUGUUCGAGAGGCACCACGCAGAAAUGUGGCCGUCAAUCACGGGAAAUGUGAGCGCUGCCUGCGUCUCGCUCGAUAUGUUUAGGUAAGUAGGCCUGACAUAAACUCGGGUUUGAGUUUAGGCGCGUGACUCUACGAACGGUCACUCCACGCAUUGCCACCAGGGUCCUGGGUUGAAAUCACGUGGUGGCCAAUAAAAAAGUGCGCACAAAAUGGGACAUGAAGAGGAAAAGGAGGAACUUCUGUGAGGUCCAGAUUAUAAUUUGCGUGCAUUAAGGUUACAGGCCUGGCGCUAGGAUGAAGUGACUAAGGGGCCAGUUAAAAGGGGCGAUUUUUUUUUGGGCAGGGUGCUAAAUUCAACUGAGAGAGGCUAAAACCCCUUCUUGCCCGGUCAAGUAAUUAUGCUUCAAGGGAUGUGGUAUAAGGACAAUUUAUCAGGGCUAAUGACAUGAUAAUUAAGCAAGAUGUAUUUUGGGAACACCUACUAGAGUGAGAGGGGUCUGGCCAGGUCUGACGUCUGUUCCCUGUCUACGGUUUCCUCUUGUGCAGAACAAGGGAGCGUUCAGAGAGAUUCUUAAACAGUAAUACACGUAGUCCGUGUGUGCAGACCGAUCGCUGCCAGAGGAUGGGGCUAGAAGUCUAUUGACUGUUGUAUAAAUGGUUAAGUCACAGUUCACUGACGUAUUAAGGUGAAAAAUGAAGACCAACCUCAAUUUAAACCAUAACAUUAUUGAACACGUCCCAUUUCUUUGUGUUUGUUGCAUUCCACAGGCAUAAGUAUCCUAGAAUUAAACUACAUCCUUACAA